GGACUGGACAGAAAGGGUCCAAUUUCAAGUCACACGGCUCGAAACAUACACGUUUUGGAGGAAGGUGGUCGUCAGAAUGUCAGAGUGCCUUUGAAACCUUGAUUGAGCACCUAACUACUGCACCUGUUCUGGGGUUUGCAGACCCGAAGAAGCCAUACAUAUUACAUACAGAUGCUAGUGCCAUAGGUCUCGGUGCAGCUCUUUAUCAAGAGCAAGAUGGUCAUUUGAGAGCCAUCGCGUAUGCUAGUCGUGGGUUAUCCACAAGUGAGUCGCGAUAUCCUGCUCAUAAACUCGAAUUUCUAGCAUUGAAAUGGAGCAUUACAGCCAAAUUUCAUGAUUAUCUGUAUGGUGCUAAUUUUGUUGUGGUUACAGACAACAACCCAUUGACAUACAUCCUGACAUCUGCUAAACUUGAUGCUGCCAGUCACCGUUGGCUUGCUGCACUUUCAACAUACACUUUCACGCUUCAGUAUCGGACUGGCAAGCAAAACCUUGACGCUGAUGCACUGUCACGCCGUUCCCAUGAUUCCUCUCUUGAUACUUCCUCUGAUAUAGAUCUCGUCCGUCAGUUCACCGAUGGGCACAGCAGUGAACCAGGAUAUGAAAUUUCCCCAGAAGUCGUCGCGGCCAUUUGCCAAAGUCGUCUUGUGAAAAACUGCAAAUCAACCAGUUCUACCGAUUACCCUCCCAUCACACUGGUUGAGUCCAUGACCACCUCUGCCAAAGCCAUCCCUGAGAGUUAUCUGGACGAAAAUCAGCAUGGGUUGCUGGUUGUGCCAGCCUUGUCUAUUGAGGAAAUCAGGGAGAAACAGAGAUCUGAUCAAUCCAUCCGAGAGGUCAUUCACCAGUUGGAAGCGGGAGAGCAUGUACCCCCAACAGUGAGACACGAGCUUCCCGAAUUGGCCUUGCUUCUUCGAGAAUUGAACCGCCUGCAAUUGGUGGAUGGUGUCCUCUACAGAAGAAGGAAAGAUGGAGAUGAAGAACUUUUCCAGCUCAUUUUACCUGAAGAGUUGAGGGCUUUGGUUAUGAAAAGUCUUCAUAAUGACAUGGGACACCUAGGUGUUGAGCGAACACUAGACCUCGUACGUUCUAGAUUUUUUUGGCCACAUAUGUCAGUAGAUGUUGCAACCAAAAUCAGAACUUGCGACCGGUGUGUCCGACGAAAAUCCCCACCAGAGAGAGCCGCACCCUUGGUUAAUAUCACCACCACUCGGCCACUUGAGUUGGUGUGUAUGGAUUUUCUAUCUCUAGAACCUGACCAAAGUAACACCAAAGACAUACUUGUUCUUACAGAUCACUUUACUAAGUUUGCUGUGGCUCUACCUACCCCUAAUCAAAAAGCACAUACCGUUGCACGUUACUUAUGGGACCACUUCAUAGUUUACUACGGCAUACCCGAGAAACUUCAUACUGAUCAGGGACCAGACUUUGAGUCUAAGCUCAUAAAAGAACUCUGUGAGAUUGCUGGUAUUAAGAAGACAAGAACUACUCCAUAUCAUCCACGAGGGAACCCGGUAGAGCGCUUUAACCGAACUCUAUUAAGUAUGCUUGGAACCUUGGAGCCCAAGCAGAAGAAGCGAUGGAAAGAAUAUGUGAAACCACUUUGCCAUGCGUACAAUUGUACCAAGAAUGAUGUAACUGGCUAUACACCCUAUGAAUUAAUGUUCGGUCGCUCACCCCGCCUUCCAGUCGAUCUUGCUUUUAGUCUUCCAGUCCGAGGAAAGCAGUCAAAGUCACAUUCCCAGUAUGUUGAGCAUUUAUGUUCCCGGCUCGAGCAAAGUUUCAAGCUUGCUGCUAGAUAUGCGCAGAAAUCUGCAGAACACAAUAAAAGAAGAUUUGAUAAACGAGUUACCCCAUCUAGUUUGGACGUUGGUGGUCGUGUUUUAGUUCGCAAUGUGAAACUGCGAGGAAAGCACAAACUUGAGGAUAAGUGGGAGCGUGAGGUAUAUGUCGUUCUCAGCCGUGCUGGUGACCUUCCAGUAUAUACAGUGAGACUAGAAAGGGAUGACAAGGCUCCAACUCGAACUCUUCACCGUGAUCUUCUCUUGCCCUGUGAGUCUCUUCCGAGUGAUACUUUCCAAAAGUCUCCUGAGGCAACGCCUCCUCGCAGGCCAGUGACCCGAAGCCAGCAGCAAGAGACACCACUUAGUGAGAAUCAUGACAAUUCUGAAGAUGAAGAUGAUUGCCAAUUACCUCUAUUUGCAAACCUUUCACCUGGAACCUUAACUGUUGAAAAAAACAUCCUACCAUCACUUGACAAUGCGCCAGAGUGUAUACUUACUGAACCUGUGAAACCUUACUUACCUGAUCUAGGGAAGUCCUCUGCCAAUCCAGCCACAUCGCCGCCUCCAUCUGUGGGAGAAGAUCAUCAACACUUACCUGCAUCCAAUGAGCCUGUUAUCUUUUCAGUUGAAGAACCUGAAAUUGGAGAACAAGAUAAAAUGGAUGGAGAAACGGAGAAGAGUGGCCAAGCAGAGACCUCCCCAGAGUCUACCAACCCUGCCCUUACCCAAUCGGUUGUGUUUGACUCUGAGGUUCUUAAUGCGCCUGAUGUUGAACCUGAUGCUAUUCGUCGUUCUUCAAGACAGCGACAACCCCCUAAGCGAUUUGGUUAUUCCACGUUGGGUAAUCCUUUUAUUUCGGUUGUUCAGACGCUUUUCCAUAGUCUAGGAGAUGCCUAUGGUGAAAUACUUGGUACCACCCCUGCAGGGAACUCUAGCUUAGAACUACCCGUUCACAUUAUAUAGUAUGCACACGGAGGUGCACUAUCUUAAGGGGGGAGGGUGUAACGCAGGUGCCAAAUGUAUACCUUUUUGUAUUUGACUGGUAUGCUCUUGCUUACUAGUUACUCUUUGAGCGCUGUGCGUGCUUCCUGGUCACGUGACUGCCGCGGUCCAAUUAGCUGGGCUUAUAAGCCGGUAGCAGGAAGUUGCCAGCUGACAGAUCGAUUGUUUGCUCGAGGUAGGUUUUUAAUCCUCGUUUUUACCUGGAAUAUUGUGCUAACUAAGUAUAAACUAAAAUGCCUAAUUUGUAACUUUAUAGAGCCGACUACCAGCGCCGGAGUUUUUUUUCUCUCUCUCAUUAAGCUGUUGGCCAGGCUUUUCUUGUUUUGAUGGCGAGCUAAAGAAAGGAGCAUCUAGUCCAAGGAGUAUUCUUGGAGGAUUCCAGCCAGAAACCCCACCACCUGUUCGGUUUGGGCGGGUAGGAGGCUCUCGAGCCGACCCUUUACGUUUUUUUUCCAUCUUUAACCUGCAGUACACGAGCUGUACUGACAUCCUUUUUUUUCUAAGAACUCUAAGUCUGAACUGAGAUUUAUUCAGAUCCAGAAAUAUUAAUUAAUGACAUUUGAAUUGUAUGUAUGUAUAUAGUCACUGUUGUCCCGAUUUAUUUCAUGUUGAAUGGCCAUUCAACUUAUUGUGUGUAUAUAUCUGCUGUCCCUCACAAAUUGUUUAAAUACACGGUGUCAACCAAACUACAGUUUAAGCUCUGCCUUCUCUCUCCAAGUCGAAACCCUAGACUUCUGUUCUGAGCCCAUAAAACCCCGUAUAUACAGUAUUGCAUUACAUUUGUAGUACAUAUAGG